UUCCACCCUUCGAUCGAUUGCCUUCCCCAGACUUCCCUCUAAUGAAAUCGCUAUGGAAACUCUCGCCGCUUAAUGGAAAUCGCUAUGGAAACUCUCGCCGCUUUAAGACUGAGUGAAGGAGACAGCGGAGAUCCAUCAUCAGAUGGAGAGGCGCACGACGCGAGAAGGCUAUCGGGAUUGGCCACUGCGUUUCUGGGAGAUGGGAAGGGCAAAAAAGGCUGGGAAGCCAAAGGCAUCCAAAAGGGCAGUGGAGGAACCAGGAAGGUCAGCCACUCUAGAGACUGUGGAAGUGGUUCCUCAGGAAAAUGAAACCGUGCCAGAAACUCAGCAGGGAACAAGGGAGGGUGAAGAUUUGAAUGAGUUGGAGAAUGAAGAGGUUCAGACCCCGAAUGACGACAUAGCUUUUGAAGAGGACGUGAACCUCAACCAGGGGGCUCACUCUACUGGGGGAGGUUCUUCAGUUCAGAAGAAGAAUGGCAGAGGUCAUGGAAUAGGGGUGAAGCCUGGACAUGGCCUUCACCUUGAGAUACAUGACAACAGGAUCGUCACACCACAGGCUGCCCAUGAACUCACUGCUAUCUUCAAAAGGGGCAUCACUGGUCCAUGGAUUAAGUUCUCGGAGUACCCUGCUUCUGCUUUGCAGACCGUGAUUGCUCGUUUCAAGGAAUCUGGGUUCACAUGCUCUCUUCCAGAAGAAGAACUCAAUGUUCAUCUCAAGGAACACAUCAAGAGGAACUUCUCCCAGUGGAUGUAUGGGUUCCGCAACCGAGUCUUCAAUCAAUAUCCUACCCUUGCUGAAAGGAUUAACAAUCCACCUACUGAAAUCCCUGCUCAUAUUUGGAGGGAAAUGGUUAACAAGUGGAGUGAUCCAAACUGGAAGAGCACCAGUGAUAAGAACAAAGCCAAUCGUGAGAAGUCUGAGCUCACUGCUACUGGCGGAUCUGUUCCCAUGGCGAAGUUUAGGCUUGAUCAGAUCAAGAAGACGGGAAAAGAACCAGAUCCUAUAGAGACAUUCAAGAAGUUCCACGUGAAGAAGGGCAAUGGUGAAUUCACCACCCCAAAAGCUCAGACCAUACAUGCUGAAUUGAAGAAUAAGGAAGCUGAGAAGUUGAGUCAAGGGGAAGAGGUGAACCAGUUUGCGAUUUAUGGUGAGGUUGUAGGAAAACAGCCUAGGAAACGUGUGUUGGGAAUGGGUUAUGGGGUAACCGGUGUGGAUGUUUUUGGCCCUAGCUCCGGUCAGGGCUGCAGCAAAAGGUGUGAAGAAGACCGAAGGCAAGAGAAGGUGAAGAAUGAUGAGAUGAUCAGAAUGCUGAAAGAAGAACUAGUGCAGGUGAAGAAUGGAAUUCCUCAGAUUGUCGAGGAUACAUUGAAGAGGCUAGGAGUUAAUUUGGCAGAGUCCUCAAUGGCUGGAGACAAGGAGGUGAAUGAUGAAGAUGAAGAUGAAGAUGGAGACGAGGAAGUGAAUGAUGAAGAUGCGGAUGGUUUUGACCAUGAGAACAGCUCCCCCUGAUGAUGAUGACUACUAAGUUUGCAGCGCUUGGAAGAAAGCAGCAGUAGGAACUUUGAAAGUUCCAAUUUUCAAUCGGAAGUUUGCAGCUAGCAGCUAGGAAGAAGGCAGUCUUAGGAACUUUGCAAGUUCCAUUUUUCAAUCGGAUUAUGUUUAUGUUUAUGUUUUGUUUUGUUAAGUGGUUGGUUGUUUUUGUUUUAUGUUUGAACAAGUGUUUGGUUGUUUUGUUUUAUGUUUGAACAAGUGUUGAAUGUGGUCUCCUUUUAAGACACUUUUGGUGGUUAGGCCACCUAAUUUUAU